AAGCCUUGCUUUGGUUUUGCAUCACGAAACUCGUAACCUUGAGUUUUUUUCAUACCUUCAUGGUGCUGACGCUUUAUGGUAACAGAUUGAGACAGGUGCGUCGCGGGACUGUCUACCACAACGUCAAGGGUACAUUUUGAUGACAGUGAUCAGCACUCUGCUCCUCUCUCCAUCCUCAAUUAUUUUAUUGUUCAGACAUCAAGUGAAACAAGAUCCAGCGAUGACAGGACUUCGUCAGAAUAUAAAUUUCUUCUAUUUUGUGUUUGUUGGCAUGUCACUGACUGGGCUAUUGUUUGUGGGCUACAACUCCAAUUGGCUAAAUUGCAGAACUCAACAAACAGACAUUAUCAAGAAAGAGAAGCAGCUUAAAGACUUGGGAUUGCGUUCACAACCUGGGUUAUUGUACAAUCAGCCCAGUGUCUUCAAUGGGCGAGCAGAUGUCGUUUAUGUGACGCCAUGGUUGGCGCCAAUUGUUUGGGAGGGAACCUUUGAUCCUACCCUUAUCGACUCUAUCUACAAACAACAGAACAUCACCAUAGCCACCACUGUUUUUGCUUUGGGAAAAUAUACACGUUUUCUCAAAGAUUUUCUGGAGUCAGCUGAGCAGCAUUAUUUUGUUGGAUUUCCGGUGCAUUAUUACUUGUUUACAGAUCAACCAGAAGCGGUUCCUGAUGUAAAGCUCGGUGAACAACGUGAGCUGAGAGUGCAGACGGUGCCGAAAAUGGAUAGGUGGCAGGACAUUACUAUGGGCAGAAUGGAAAUGAUUGCAAAACUAACUGAGAGUGAACUGGUUAAUGAGGCUGACUACAUUUUCUGCCUUGAUGUGGAUACAAAGUUUUAUGCCCGCUGGAGUGUGGAGGCUUUAGGCAGUCUUGUAGGAUUGAUUCAUCCUUGGCUAUAUGAUUAUCGACGGGAUCAAUUCACCUUAGAACGUAGACCAGAGUCGCAAGCAUUCAUUCCGGUUGAAGAAGGUGAUUAUUAUUACGCUGGUGGUGCAUUUGGUGGCUCGAUUCAGGAAGUGCAUAAACUCACCAAAACCUGCAGUGAGCAGCAGAAAAUUGAUGCUGCUAAAUCUAUUGAGGCAAUAUGGCACGAUGAGUCUCACUUGAACAAAUAUUUUCUUUACUAUAAACCCAGUAAGGUGCUCUCACCUGAGUAUCUUUGGCGAGAUAUUAAUGCCAAAACAGACACAAUAAAAACUAUUCGUUUCUGUAGUGUAGCUAAAGAUGUUGCUGAGGUUCGCUCAAACUUAUAGCAACAGUUACCAAUUGCAAUAUUCCCCUGCAUCGACAGGCCCCAGAAGUGUCAAAAGGUAAUACUCAAAAUACCAUUGGAAGUAACAAAGGAGCCAUACAGACUUAAUGUUGUUUUUUGACAUAAUAUUGUUAUGUAACAAACAUGUUUUAACUAAAAUCUAUUAAAUGCACGGUGCUGUUUUACUAGGAAUUUUAGCUAGUUAUUCUUAUUAAUUCUGUGUAAUGCUAAAAUAAUUUUGAAAAUGUUCAGAAUGAUUUUUACAGAUUAUUUUCAGAAUGUGU